GCACUAUAUAAGCUGGGUGUAACAUACUUAAAAGAAGCACACCAAGUUAGAAAACCCUACAAAAAAGACCAAGAAAACAAAACCCCUAGAGUCAAAAAAUCAAAAGAAAAUAAGACAUUGUUUUAUCAAAAUGGCAAGAACCAAUGGGAAGAAAAAGAUGAACAAGAUAGUGAAUUUGAAAAUUGUGGUGGAGAAGUUACAAAGGAGUCUUUCAAUGGUGAGGAGAUUGGCAGCCGAAUUCGAUAACAAUAAGCAUCAGCAUAACCAACCAGAUCAAAACGACUCCUCGCAUAGCGUGCCAGAGGACGUUAAGGAAGGGCAUUUUGCUGUGAUUGCUGUGGAUGAGGAUGAAUUGAAGAGAUUUGUGGUGCCAUUGAAAUGCUUAACACACCCUUCAUUCUUGAAGCUCUUGGAACAAGCUGCUGAGGAGUAUGGUUUUGAUCAUGAUGGUGCACUUACAGUGCCAUGCAGGCCAAGUGAAUUUGAGGGAAUUUUGGCUCAUGAACAAUGGCUUGAAGGGAAUAAUAUGGAUCAAUCAAGAUUUGAUGAUAAUGGUGUUAAUUGGAGUUCAAGUAUGGUGAAAAGUUGUUAAAAUAAUGGAGCAAAGAAAAAAACAAGCUAAGAAAAUUUAAUUAGCUUAAGUUUGCUUCUUCACUCCCAUGAAACUUGGAUUAACUUAUCUUAUUGAGUCUCUAUUCAAGUUAAGGGACAGCGUUAAUUGGUUUUCUCAUCUUAUCAUCCUAAAUUAGAUAUUCUAAAACUUGAGUAUUGUAGCUGGUAGGGUAUAUAUAUUGCAAUUUUUCGCCGAAGGUGUGGAUUGGGCGAAAUGAUUGCAGCGAAGAAUUGAGAAGAAACGUAGUGCAAUGUCUGUAAACAUUGUUAAAAAGAUCAAUACAAUAUGACCUAAUCGUUCUUGUCGAAUCGCUCUAUUGUUUGUUCUUGACUGUUAGACGAGGAGCUGGAGAGAGGGAUAAUAGAUCCUCCCUUAGAAUGGUAGCUUCUAUUUCUUGAUUGUUCUUCUUCCAAGGUCCUGAACAUGGUUGAGUUGUUGCAUGCAUUACAUGUACAUUUCUUUAUGUUGUUUUACUAGAGUAUAUAAGGAAAAUUUAAUUUCUUAUAAUUGGAAAGUUCUUAAAUAAUCAGUAAUAAAAUUAGUUACUGACUUGAGUGA